GCUGCGUGGCGUGAGGAGGCCGGGGGAGCUAGGCAGCGGCGGGCGCGCCGCGCAGACGGGGGCGCGGGGCCCGAGUGAGUGCGAGGCUCCGCGCGGGCCCUGCCGAGCUGCCCGGGCGGAAGGCCUGGCGCCGCCGCUCGCCUCUCGGCGUCUUCUUCGGGCGUGGACGCUCCGGUUCCCAGCGCUCGCCCGCCCAGUCCGCGCAAGUUUUAGAGAUCUGGCACUGUUAAUUAAAUACAUUUGGAUGUGUUUUCGAGUAUUCAUUUAAUACAGAACAUUCACACCUUCGCUUAAAAGAAAAGUUGUCAAAUAAUUUUCCUAGAAAUUUUAUAUCCUACCCACAUAAUAAAAUAAAUUGCAAGGCAGACACUGAAAGAGAUGUCAGAAGAUUCGGAUGAUUCAGACAGAAGUAUCAGUGAUGACGAUGACUCGGAUGACGAACCAUUCUUGAAAUUUGUAAGUGAUGACAUUCAUCCGUGUACACUACUAGCAGCUGAUUCUAUUGUUGACCCAUUCUUCCCUCGGACCACACAAAUUUUAUUGGAGUAUCAGUUAGGACGAUGGGUACCUCGCCUCCGUGAACCACGAGAUUUAUAUGGUGUCUCUUCUUCUGGUCCACUGAGCCCAACACGGUGGCCAUACCACUGUGAGGUCAUUGAUAAAGAAGUCCAACAUAUUGAGUGGACUCCUUUUUUUCCUGAGCCAGUGUAUGUCCCAACAGGCCUGGAAAUAGAACCUGUUUACCCAAACUCCAAGGAAGAUACUGUGGUUUACCUAGCUGAAGAUGCUUACAAAGAGCCCUGCUUUGUGUAUUCCCGAGUCGGGGGUAACCGAACAUCACUGAAACAACCUGUGACUACCUGUGACAACACUUUGGUCUUUGAAGCAAGGUUUGAAAGUGGUAAUCUACAGAAGGUAGUCAAAGUGGCAGAAUAUGAAUACCAGUUGACUGUGCGCCCAGACCUCUUCACAAAUAAGCAUACUCAGUGGUUCUAUUUCCAGGUCACUAAUACCCAACCAGAGAUAGUCUACAGAUUCACUAUUGUUAACUUCACCAAGCCUGCUAGUCUUUACAAUCGGGGUAUGAGGCCACUGUUCUAUUCUGAGAAAGAGGCCAAGACCCAUAGCAUUGGCUGGCAAAGAAUAGGAGACCAAAUCAAGUAUUACAAAAACAACCUUGGGCAAGAUGGGCGCAGUUUUUUUUCUCUUACAUGGACAUUUCAAUUUCCACACAGCAAGGAUACUUGCUACUUUGCUCACUGCUAUCCAUACACUUAUACCAACCUUCAAGAAUACCUUUCUGGCAUCAACAGUGAUCCAGUAAGAUCAAAAUUUUGUAAAAUACGUGUCUUGUGCCACACACUUGCUAGGAAUAUGGUCUAUGUCUUGACAAUAACUACUCCCUUGAAGAACAGUGACUCAAGAAAGCGCAAGGCUGUGAUUUUGACGGCAAGGGUCCAUCCAGGAGAGACCAACAGCUCCUGGAUCAUGAAAGGCUUCCUAGAUUAUAUUUUAGGAGACUCCAGUGAUGCCCAGCUGCUUCGGGACACUUUCAUCUUCAAGGUGGUACCCAUGCUGAAUCCGGAUGGUGUGAUUGUGGGGAAUUACCGAUGUUCCUUAGCUGGACGGGAUUUAAACCGCAAUUACACAUCUCUCCUGAAGGAAUCUUUCCCUUCUGUUUGGUAUACGAGGAACAUGAUCCAUAGAUUAAUGGAGAAACGAGAGGUUAUUUUAUAUUGUGAUCUUCAUGGCCAUAGUAGGAAACAGAACAUCUUCAUGUAUGGCUGUGAUGGUAGCCACAGAUCUAAAGCAAAAGGAUUAUACUUACAGCAACGAAUCUUUCCGCUCAUGCUUAGCAAAAAUUGCCCAAAUCAAUUUUCCUUCUCAGCUUGCAAGUUUAACGUUCAGAAGAGCAAAGAGGGGACAGGAAGGGUUGUGAUGUGGAAGAUGGGCAUCAGGAACAGCUUCACGCUGGAGGCUACCUUCUGUGGAUCUACUCUGGGCAAUAAACGAGGCACUCAUUUCAGCACAAGAGACUUAGAGUCAAUGGGAUAUCAUUUUUGUGAUUCUCUAUUGGACUACUGUGAUCCUGACCAGAGCAAGUAUUAUCAGUGCCUUAAAGAAUUAGAAGAAAUGGAAAAACAUAUAAACUUGGAAAGAUCCUUUGAUGAUUCAGAUACUUCUCUAGUGGAAAUUUCAAUGGAUGUAGAGUCUAGUAGUCAAGGCUCUGACAGUUCAGACUCCAAUGACACUCAGACUUAUCUUCUCAAGUUGUCUUCUCAGGUAAAAAAUAAAAAAAAGUAUCUGAAAACAAAGAGGAAAAGAAAUGCUACCCUAGCAAUCCGCCAGAAUAACAGAAGAGAGGUUUAUGGUAAAGAACAUUUACUCCAAAAACACGAAGAAUCAAAUUCUAAAGUGAAAGAUCCAAGGCCAAAUGUACCAGAUGUUUAUGUGGCUCAUGGUUUUAGAAGACCACUGCCUAAUCAAGGCUUGGUGAAAAAUCCUGAUAAACAAUGCGUUUAUCCCAAAAAAAUUCGUUCAAGUUCCCGGCGUGUGAUUCAGAGUCUUAACAAAGACCAACGGAUAUGUAUUUUAGGAACUUCUAAGAGUCCAAUCCAGAAAGAAGAUCAGCCCAAAAGAGUUAAUAUGUGUGAAAAUUGUUUUAAAGUGUCAUCCUUGAAAUAUCCUAUGAACAAACAAACUUCACAUUGGAUUGAGAAGACAAGGAUACCAACAGAGUCACAUCAUAAAUUGAAAAGCAAAGCAAAAAGAUGCAUGCCUUUCCAAAGGAAGAGGACUAGCACAAACUGGACACAUGAUGAAAAGCAAAUUUACAGGGAUAAAAGAAUAGAUCAAACACAGGAAGUAUUUCAGUAUUUACUCCCAAUCGUGGAAUCCUCUAAAAACAUGAAAUCUACUCAAAUGAAAGACCUAUUCAAUCCAAGAGCCAACUUCCAGCACCAUCAACUUACUCCAACUGCUUCCACAAAUACAAGAAGACACAGCACACCUUGGGCACCUUACAGAAAUCUCCCUUUUAAAGCCCAAGGGAGUUUUAUGACAAAUACCUCAGAAUGGCUCCAGCCUGUGUCCUGGGGGCCAUUUGAAAGUUUAUCACCUCUCUGCAGUCUUCAGAAGAGAAAAAAGCAUUUUGAACUCUGGGUCCAAGAGACUGAAGAUAUACAGCUUCCCAGCAGCAAAUGGGAGGCUAUUCCUUCAGAUUCUAAAGUGGAUGCAAGUACUGUCAAAGGUCACAGUCUUCAGCCUGAAGGAUCCAUCCUGAAGAGCUCUAAACAGAGAGCUUCUCAUCUAACUAAACGCAACAAGAAACCAAGUGAGAAUGACAGCCGGUUCACCUUCCAACGCAGCAGUUAAUUGAGCUCAGAGUUCCUUUGAGAACUGUGGCUGAGAGAGGUGUGCUGACACAGUAAAAACAGCAGCCCCUUUCCCCAAGCCUCCCCCUCCCUCUUCACAUGCAUAUGUGGAUACUGAGCUACAGAUUUUCACAUAUCCCAUCUUCCUUAGAGGAAACAUCUUUCAGAGAUUUUAAAAAUCCAGAGAAAGUAUAGAAAAGUUUAAAACACUUAUAUUUAAUUUGUCUCAACAUGGGAAAGAGCUCAAAACUUUUGGUUUCUUCCAAAAUUAUGUAUGCAUUCAACCCCCAAAAACUAAGACUUCAAGAAAGGAAAGACAUGCACUAUUGAUGCCUAUUGGUCACUCUGGUGAAUCAGCA